CUCACAGUUUACCUAAUCGGAUUCACUACUAUAUCGAUAAUUUUCGCGCAUUUUUUCUCUAAAAUGAUUCACGAAAUUCAUGGACUUCAGAAAAUGGUCGCAGUGGAGAUGAAGGAGUUUUCGUAUGCCUCAAAUGAAGCUUGGAACGAGAUUAACCUUCUGAAAACUCAUCGAAGAUUCCGGCGUUUUGCCACUUCGUACAGAACCCAACAGUACGAUCCAACUCUUUAUGUCCAGAAGAUGGUUCCUGCGGACACCUAUCAAAGCGUUCUAGCAUCAGAACAUCAUCUUCCAGAUGCGGUUGCGGCAGUUGAUGGAAGCUCACUGGGUUCUAUAAAUGGGGUGGAUGUGAGGAAAAAGGAGAAAUUGGUGAAAAGUCGAAAGAAGUUGGAGAAAAAGAAGAAUUAUUUGGAGAUAUGUUUGGCAGAUUGCCAACGAAAAAGUAAAAAUUGUCCAGAAGGCCCACCAGGCAUCCCUGGAAAACCAGGAAAAGACGGAAUACCAGGUGAACCUGGAGUUAACGGGACUAACGGGUUCUCUGGAAUCAGUGUUCUUGUUGCAAAUGGAUGUAUUCAAUGCCAUAUCGGGAAACCGGGGCCACGUGGCAAAAGGGGGAAACGAGGAAAGAAGGGAAAAGACGGGAAAAAUGGAAUAUCGGUGAAAGCGGUGAUUGGAUUACCCGGGCCAACUGGGGAGGUUGGAUGGCAAGGUUACCCGGGAUUUCCUGGACCAGUUGGACCAGUUGGGCCACCUGGAAAUAAUAAAAAUCGAUAUAUUGGUCUACCGGGGCCACGUGGAAGAGCUGGACGAAAAGGAUAUCAAGGAGCACAGGGAAAUGCGGGAUUUAUUUACAACACCGGGAUCAUUGGUCCUAGUGGACGAUCUGGCAAGAAUGGAUUGAAUGGAAGGACUGGGGCAACUGGGCAUCCAGGACACACGGGCCGUCCCGGACGAGAUGGAAACUACUGCGAGUGUCCGCCAAUGUCGCGACGAAAUCCAUUUUACAAUUUGUUGUCAGCUUAAUCAAAUAAACAAUUUGACAUCA